AGUUGCCGCCGUAAAUGGGCUCAAGGCUCCUCGGGCCUAUUCUUUGGAUCUCACAGCCCGCAGCUGGUGCACAGCUGGUGGUUCCCAGUCCCGCCGCCGCCGGCCGCCCCCCCCCCCCCGGCACAUUCGGAGGCCCAUCACUAUCGUCGCCCCCGGCACAUGGGCGAUGGCCUGUCGAGCCUCGGCGCCGGGGUGCACGCCGCCUCCCAGGAGUUCUGCUGCUCCUCGGCGCGGCGGCCCGCGGACGGAUCCCCGCCGAUGCGGCUGGCAACAGGGCGUUCGAGAAGCGCAAGAAGAAGCUGCACGGCCUUAACGAGAAGUUAGGCCUUCUGGUGGAGCAGGAGAUCACGAGCUUAUUCGUGGGCGAGGACACGAGCAACGACAUCACCGUCGAGGAGGCGAACAAGGUGGUGAGGCACCUGGCGCGGUACAACUUCAUUGUCAAUGUGGACAUGGCGAGCUUCGACAAGAAUGGCAAUGGCAGCAUCGAGAAAGAGGAGUUCGAGUCUGCGCUGAGGGCCUCCACGUUUCAGCGGCCCGAAAACCUGGAGGUUCUCGUGCAGAGUUGUGACGACGUCGAGAAUCACCUGAAGGAGGCGUUCACGGACGUCAUGAAGGGAUGCCGUGCGAACUUGGCGCGCCGUUCGGUGACAGUGCCGGCGCUGCCAGAUGUCGUGCGCAAGAUACCGCCCCUGAGCAGCGGGUCGGAGAUCGGCCCCCGCGCGAAAAGCGAGCCGGAAGUUGCGCCCGUGCGUGCCAGAAGCGCGCCAGAUGUCAUAGGGAGCCCUCUGAUCAGCGUGCCAGACGUCGCGCGCCUGAUGAGGGAGCUGCUCAUGGAGCUUGGGCACACGGACGCAACUAUCGAACUCCAUGACGGCAGCGGCGGCGCCGAGGGGGAUUUGGCGGGGCAGCUCGGGUCGUUCGAUGUUGACGGCGACGGCCAUCUGACGUUCGACGAGUUCUUCCAGGCUUAUUGCAAAUUCCUUGUGCGAAUCUACUACCUCAAGAAGUCGUCCAUCUUCAGGAAGGCGGGUAAAGAUAAGGAUAAAGAUAAAGAUAAAGAUAAAGAUGCAAAGGCUGUGGUGUCGUUCUAGUUCCUCCUGGUUCCCCUCCCCCUCCUCAAUCGCCUGUGAUGUCGGCAAUGCUGUGGUCCUGUGCGAAGCGGGAAUUGUCGUGGAGGCACCGUUGCGGCUCCUGCUACCAUGCAUGUACCUGAAGCCCAGUCGGUUGUUCCAUGUGUGCGCGUUCGCUCAUUUGCCGACUUUUCCUGCCGCGCGGAAGUACCUGCAAAGCAGGUUUUUUUUUACCGGUGACGUUGGCCAUAGAGGGCGAAGGCUGAUAACACCAUCUGGCACCUGCCUGGCAAUCCUCUCACUCGCACGCACGAGUGCUCACACUUCACCACGCAAGUUGCUUGUUAGCGUGCAUGUGCUGACACAUGAGCGUUUGGCACAUGGAUCCUCCCAGCCCAGUCUUUUGUGUAUGCAGCCGGCGAGAGUAUG